AUGGCGACAAUUUGUGAUGGCAAAGAAUGCGAGGAGGGGAGGCUAAUGCCUGAUUGGGAUGCUUUGUAUUUGGCAAAGUGGCUUCUGAUUGGGCUGGGAGAGCCCCGAACUCGCCAGAGUCGAUAUUCAUUCAGCUUGCUCAAGUGCUUGCUAAACUGCAUCCAAACACUGGCGGGCCCCGGCUGCCUCCGCCGAGCGGUGCGGGGUAGUGGGCUGCGGGUGUGCGGCAGCUCCGUUGGGAGUUUGCCGGCACGGAGGUUUGCCAGGGUUUGUCCGGAGGUGGAUUAUAAACCUUUCAUGGGAAACUCUGCACAAGCCUUUCCCACCAGCCCGGAGGGGCUCCCGGCCUCCGGAGACCCUCCUCCCUACGAGGGGAAGAAAAGCAAACGGAGCUCGGACAACGCCGGCACAGAGAGCCCUGCUGAGUCUGCCCCACGCGCUGGGGAGAAGGAUCCCGCCGGGCUCCUCUCGGGCCGGGCGGGCGCCUGGACCUGCUGCCCCUUCCCCUGCCCCGGGCCAGGGGUGUACCAGCCGCCUGGCACACUGCCCCCAUCACCCUUCCCGGGGCUGGGGCUGUGGAGGAAGAGUGCGGCCGCGCUGCCGGCAGAGGGGCCGCACUUCUGCAAGGAGGCUGACAGCACGGAGCAGAAGCUCUACAGGCCCGUGGUUUUGAAACCCAUCCCCACCAAGCCCACUGUCCCCCCGCCGAUUUUCAACGUUUUCGGCUAUCUUUAG